AUGGCCGCCCGCCCGACUUUCGCCGAACUGGCAGCUCGCUUCGUGCAGCAACGUGCCAAGGCUGGCUUCUCAGCUGGAGGAGGAGGAGGAGGAGGAGGAGGCGCUGGAGGGCCGGGACGCGGUGGCCCGAGCAUCGGUACAGCCCUGGGUGGAGCAGGUGGUAUCCUCCUCCUGGCUGCGGCCGGUCUGACCGUCAACUCUGCUCUUUUCAACGGUGCGUUCAGCAUCUUCAAUCGGCCAUGCGUCUCAGGGCUUCUCAGGGCCACAGCGCGGGGUCGAUCGAGCGUUCAAAGAGCCCUGACACUGCCUUGUUCUUCCCUCCCUGGCCCCCUUACACCUCGUUCCUACAGUCGAUGGUGGUCACCGUGCGAUCAAGUACACCCGCCUGAAUGGUGUCACUUCCGAGGUCUACGCUGAAGGGACCCAUUUCCUCGUACGUUUCAUCCGCAAUUCACCGAUAGCUCCCCCCUCGCGAACGAUGCAUAAUCAUCCCUGAUCGCCGCAGAUCCCUUGGUUCGAGACCCCGAUCUUGUACGACGUCCGAGCCAAACCGAGAAACAUCGCCUCGUUGACUGGUACAAAAGGUGAGCUCGGCACUCUUUGAAGAGGCACUGGUCAGAGCUGACUCGGCCCCGGUCCCCUCUCGAUCGAACUGCUGUUACGCCUCGUGCAGAUCUUCAGAUGGUCAACAUCACUUGCCGUGUGCUGUGCCGACCCCGUGUCGAUGCCUUGGCGACCAUCUACCGCGAGUUGGGCACCGACUACGAUGAGCGAGUCUUGCCCUCGAUCGUCAACGAGGUGCUCAAGAGUGUCGUUGCCCAAUUCAACGCUAGGUUCGUCUGAACUCACCGUGCACCGUUUCUGGCGUACUUCAGCUGACCUCAUACCCUUCUACUUCUCUCAGUCAAUUGGUGACACAGCGAGAGAUGGUCUCCAAGCUCGUGCGCGACAACUUGCAACGCCGCGCCGCGCGCUUCAACCUCGUGCUCGACGACGUCUCCAUCACGCACGUCACCUUCUCCCCCGCCUUCUCCGAAGCGGUCGAAGCCAAGCAGAUUGCGCAACAGACGGCCCAACGAGCGGCCUACCUUGUCGACCAGGCCUUGCAGGAGAAGCAGAGCAUCAUCGUCAAGGCGCAGGGAGAGGCCCGUUCGGCCGAGUUGAUCGGUGAGGCGGUCAAGCAGAACAAGGGUUUCUUGCAACUCAGGAAGAUGGAGGCCGCGAGGGAGAUUGCGCAAAUGGUCGCCAACUCCAACAACAAGCUCAUGCUCGACUCGGACAGUCUCCUUCUCGAUGGUUAGUUUCUGGUCUCGUCCCUUGGUUGGCGUGUUGGCUUGCUGCGAUAGGGUUGCUGACGAAAAAGAUCGGGUCGUUGCUGCAGUGAACGAGCACUCUGAAAACAAGCGGGCGUAG